AUGGAUAAUCAUCAUUUACGUGCUAUUAUAUUGGAAUUACAAGAUCGUCUUAGUAAUGAUGAUCGAAAACGCUUACAUUUCUAUCUUGACAAUGAUCCACCACUUAGUGGAACACUUAGUCUUAUGGAUUCUCUUUUCGAUCAAGAUAAAGUGAACGAAAAAGAUUUUACUUUUCUGAUAAAUGCAUUUGACGAAAUAGGUUGGGGUGGUGUAGGUGAAUGA